CACACUAAUACCCAUGACAAACACGGGUCAAUGCCCCAUGCUGAUUCAACCCCAAGAUAAACUAAAUCCUCUUUCACUGCAAACACAGUGUUGUUGGGCCUUGCUUCUACUGUGUGGAGGCAAGCUUUGCUGGCAGGCCCGCCAUACAGGCGCGGGCAUUCAUUAGGGGGCGAGUUCGGCUUGGCUCACUGCAUUGCAUACAUACAAGUGAGCUCUCACCAAUCAUUCAGGUUUUAUGCUCUCUUCCCCGUUGCAAUGCAGCAAUCGCUUCUCUGUGUGAAAGGCUUGUUGUGUUACUCUGUGCAGACUCUCAGUGUGUGCUGGAUAUGUGGAUAUAUUUUGUACAGCUAGCUACGUUGGGUCGCUGCCUGUAAAACUAAGUGGAUCGCAGUUUGGUCUACAGAGGGAAUGCGUAUACGGAUUGACUUGCAUUGUAUACUACAGGAAGAAGUUUACUGUGGAUAUUUACAUUAAUAACUUUAUAUUCCGGCCGAUUGGAAUACAUUAAGCUAUGUAAAUCUGUUUGUAUGAUAAAAAGAAUCGCAAGAGGAUUGUUUUACAAUUGGAUUAGAGCAGAGUUUCACUUUUGGAAUAAGCCAAAGAAGAGAACAGAAAAGGCGCUCUUGAGUUUCAUUACCGCAUUACAAACUGCAGGAAUAAACUAAGUCUCCAGGGAAAUACACGCAGUUAACAUUAAAGAGUUUUUUAGAGACUGAAUAAAUCAGGUUGCGGAAGUUUGCAAGGCAGGAUCAAUGAGUUACCAUAGUUUAUAAAGAAACAAUAUUAUUUUCAGUGAAGCUAGAAAGACAUAUAUGUGUCUUUAAUUUGAGGAUACCAUCCAUGGGCUGUCUUAGUGAUCGCAAAAGAGAAAAGAGUGAGAGUCCUAGUCGAAAGCGAAGAAGGAUGUCCCAAGGCCUGGUAGAGACUUCACCCAGUCCUCCCCUGGCCAGGCCCUGGCUAUCAGCCACCUCUAGCCACCACCACCACCCGCAUCACCCCUUCACCGGGGCAGGGGCGCAUCGAUCACCCCCUACCAACCACACCGUAGGGCCCCUUGAUUGGUGCAAUAAUCCAACCACCCAGAGGCCAGCUGGAAGAAUUAGUCCACCCACCACGAUGAGACGGCAGAGCCAGCGUCAGAGGGAGAGGUUAUUGAGGAGUCGGAACCAGUCGUCGUCCAUUGGUGUGAUGAACGCCGCUGACCAACGGGCCUUUCAUCCUCCUAACCCCCCUCCCCACCCUGGGGUGCUGUCUCACGGGAACCAUGGGGCGCAUCAUCAAGGUGUUCCGUUUCAACCUCAGCUCAUCAUUGAUCUCAGUAACGAGGUCUCAGUACCAAGCAGUGUACCCCUCUCCAUUCCAAUGUCAGUCCCAACCUUUGCGGUGCCUGUAUGCACCGGCCAUACCACCAUGCCAACAUGCAGCAGCCAGUCAAUCCACUACCCAUCGCCCCUCUUCGCCGGUGGAGUGCCGCCCCACCAUCAGACAGUACCCUCCCACAUCCCCAUGUGCAACGUGGGCCACCUGCCAGUGUGUGGUAUCCACAUACCCACCUGCCACGGUCACCAUAUGCCAGUCUCGCAGGGGACCCAGACCACCCUCUUGCAACAGCAACAGGAAGCACUCCUGGGGCACCUCCAAGUAGCAGCGGCAGCACAACAGCACCCUGCGGCACACCACCACCACCAUCAUCAUCACAUGCCCACGGCACAGGUGCAGUACAUUCCCUCAGCACCACAUCAUCAGCACCACCAGCGUACUGGUGAAGUGGAUCACCUGAUGAAUGAGAGUCCAGCAGCAUUCCAUGUGCCUUCAUCCACCCAUCCUAAUCCUCCAUUCUCGUCUAGUUCCCUCCACAUCAUCCCUGACCCUUACCUGAGAACCUCAGCGGAUGUCCAUCAACUGUUCACCUACCCUCGAUUCAACAGCAUGGGCCGUCACCAACGGAGACCAAUGCCACGCCCACUCAGGCCCCCACCUGCAGCCCUCCAGCCACUUCUGUUCAGAUAUCUACUGCCCAGCCCCCAGGUGACUCAGGGUUUCCCUGUUGAGUUGGAGCCUGAUGAUGCUGAAGUAGAGAAUUACGAAGCUCUUCUGAACCUCGCCGAAAGACUCGGGGAGGCCAAGCCAAGGGGGUUGAGCAAGGCGAAUAUCGAUCAGCUACCUUCGUAUCGCUACAACCCAGAGACACCCCGAACCAUUAAUGACCAAACAUGCUGUGUGGUAUGCAUGAGUGAUUUUGAGACCAGACAGACCCUACGCGUUCUGCCAUGCAGUCACGAGUUCCAUGCCCGCUGUGUUGAUAAGUGGCUCAAGAGCAACAGGACUUGCCCCAUCUGCCGCGCCGAUGCCUCCGAGAUCAACAGCCAAUCGAGUUAGAGGAUCGUGCCAGGCAAUCCAACACACCGGUAGACAUGGUUGAACUGCAAGAUCGUCAGAUGACCCAUCAUGUGAUGCGUCAUCCACUAAUCAAUGGCUUCCUUUGCAUGAAGGAAAAGUCAAGACCUUGUCCGUGCAGCCUGUCGAAGGUGUAGUCUUCGAGGCUUCCUGGAAGCAUCAUCCAGAGUCGCUACUAAAAGAUCAAAGUCUUGUUUAUUUCUAUAUAUUUCAGGGAUAUUUACUAAUUCUUUUCUUCUCUUUAUUACUCACUCACUUUUGAGAUUAGAAUUAUUUUAUUUGUGAUGUAUGCGGUUUGAAUAUGCACUUUUAUGCAGAUUAUUAUUAGAUUUGUUGUUUUGAAGAAAAGAAAAUCUUACAAAGUAAUCUUGCUUGCGGUUUUACAUGUACCUCAGAAAGUAUGUAACCUUGUAUGUAGAGUUAACCUUCACUCUCCUAUAUCAUGCUAGUACUCUAAACCUAAUAUUUAACAAUCAUUUGUAGAGCAAAAAGCAUGGUACACCAAAGCAACUCGAGCGUAGCAAUAAACUUAGUUGUAGCUAGUGUAUUGGAUGAAAUAUAGCAUGGUAUUUCAAACAGCACUGUGGUCUCGUCAAAGCUUUCUCCUUUGUCGUGACCAGUUUCUUAUCAGUACAGCUUUUUCAAUCCUCUGUUGUGAGGUUCGAUUUAUUUUUAAACUGCAAUAAAUUUGUUCCUUCAGAAAUGUCAUCGUUAUGGCUAUAUUUCGCAUUAAUGAAAAAAUACCCUUUGGUCCAUGCAUUAUGUUUUUUUCUCCUUCUGUUCUUUCUUUUUGUAACUUUCUCAUUUAGAUUAAUCGUGCAAUCUAUACUCAUGCUUUUGUUUUAAUUGAAUUUUAGCUUCUCUGUACAUUCUAAUUUUAGUAUGACGUUCAUACUUUCAUCAAAGAUUUAUGAUUGAAACCUUGCUAUUUGUAUGCUUUCUAGAAAGAUAUUUCCUAUUUUAUUUAUCAGCAAAGACUGCAAAUCAUGUGGCAUUUACUUAAUCCUGGUGUAUUCAUAUAUUAUUAGUUGAUUUAUGUUGAUGUUUUGUUAUAUUUCCUUGUACUACUGCUGCCAUUUCAUUUUUUAAUCAAGUUUUCUGAGCCAUUAUAACAUGAUAUAUGUAAUAUUAUUUAUACUGUUCCUUUAAUUCUUCAAAAUCCAAAAUGACAUUGUUAAUAUGGAAGAAGCGCUGAAGUAUUUUCAAAUUGGUAUGCUCCUCGGCACAGUGAUAUUCAGCGAUGGUACAAAAUGAUAAAAAAAAUUAAAAUCAGACGAUAUUUAGGAGACAAUCUUUCACAGAUUCAAGAAAUUUUUUGAAGAUAUGGUAGCAAUUUCCAUAGCUGCCCACUCUGGCUUUUAAACACAAUGCUUAUUCAUUCUUCCACGAUCUUGUUAUUCUCUCUCUCUCUCUCUCUUUCUCUGUCAUUAUGUAGGCCGGCAGUACAGGAUGUUGCCAAUUUGAUUAAAUUUGCUCAGGAUUUGUCGCUCCAACUCCCCUAACGAUGUCACUCUUAACAGCUUUUUUCGCUCAGGGAUAAACAGAAUUACAAUUUGUUUACAGUGCUUACUUCGAUUAGUGUUGCCCCUAUUUGAUCUACAAUCUACAGUUCCCAUGGCAACAAUCGUUUAUUAUAUGUGCAUUUAUUAAUAGAAUCAAUCAUUUUUUUCUUGAUAUUUUCCCUCCAUUCUCUUUAACAGUGCCUUAUAGGUUUUUAUUUUGUUCCUUUCCUUUAUACGUCCACUGUUGUUCCUCCUUUUCCUAUUGUUGUGAGGUAUAAUUAGUGUCUUCAUUCAAUAUGGCAAGUAGUUGCAGCUAUGGUGUACUUACUUUUUAUAUUCACGUUACACUUUCAUAGAUCACGUUUGUCAUAUUGGUCUUAUUUUGAUAACGUUUUUAUAAGUAGGUUACGUUGUGUAACCCGUCUUAUUUUUUUUUUUAUGUUGCCAUUAUUGUAUUACCAAACUUGCUUGCUUAAUUCACUUUUUAUUUACCCAGUUUGCAAUAUUUAUUCCUCAAAGAAAUCAUUUUUGGUUUGUUCCUUGGUUUAUUUUUUUGUCAUUUUGCAACUAAUACUUCUUCUAUUGAAUGCGAAAAGAAAGACCAUUUCCUUUUCAUGUAUCUCAUUUUCAAAAUUUUAUUUUCUUACACAUGUUCAUUUAUUAUUGAUUGUGAAAUCUUUGAAGUCAUGUGACCAAGGAGCUUUUUUGAUAGUUGGCAAUAUGCAAUAGUGUAUUCUGCUAUGUGGUGCUUUCUUAGGAAAAAGAAACUGGGAUAUAGGAAAGCUGCGUAGAACAGAUUUCCACAUUUUCAUGCAAAUAUUUUACGUGACAAAGUGUUCUCAUUCUCAGCAAACCUUAGUGAGCAAGUGAAUUUUUUUGUGGUGAGGUUAAGAUUGAAAAGGAGAUCAUUGGCUUAUAAAAAAAAAUGCAUCAUUCUGAGAUUGAUAUUUGUAUCUGAAUCUGCAAUCUGCUUUACUGGAAAACUCCACAUGUAGCAGUAGUUGUCAUGGCGAUUAUUAAUCCAUUCAUUGUCUGGAGAUACAAAUCUUGAUAUGUUCUUAAUACACCAUUUAAAAAAAAAACCCAAAUUUGUACAGUAUUGCCCACUAGUUCCCUAAUAAACAGCAUUUUGCACGAGAAAAUGUAUAAUCACCCUGUUAUUCUGUUGGAAUAGCUUAUAGUACUUGUCCUUCCUUAUAAAAGUUGCGAUGCAUAUUCUAACACAGUUCACUAGCCUUGAUAAAAAAAAAUUUGUUUAAAUACCUGUUACAGUAUUGAACUUCAAAGAAUUCAUCUGCAUGAAUUAAUCCCCACUCCACCAUACCAUUCCCCCCCCCCCCCUUUGAAGUAAAGUUUUAUACUCUUUACAUUAACUUGCAUGAUUACCUCCUAUAAAUAUCAGAUGCAAUGUUCCCAGUUAAAGUCUGGUGUAGUUUUGAGGUGUGUAUGUAGUAAGUCGCACUAUUAUAUGCUUCCUAAAGUCCUGAUUCGAAUCAGUGUCAACCUCGUAAAUGCAAUUUUGAUAGCAAGAAUGGGUUUCAAUUAAUUUGUAAAAAAAAAAAAUGUACCAAAAUGCAAAUCAAAUUCUUUUGUAUUUCCCAUAUUGUUUUGUCGUUGUUAAAUUUAUCUCAUGAAAGCGUGUGCCUAGUCUUUUUGAACAGUUAGUCGAUAGAUUUAGUUAGAUGAGUUUGUAAGACUCAUUUGGGCGUGAAUGUAACGAUUUCUGGGUUUUGUAUAAUCAGGCUUUGUUGUGUAUACUUACGUUAGAUCUCACCAAAUGGUUAUUCGCUUUUAUAGCUGCAGUGUUCAGUGUAAAAGACUCAUACACAGUAUUUUAUAUCAUCGUACCUCUGUAGGUAGUUUGUUAAAUCAUAUUUCUUGCGAUAUCAUCAGAAAAUGAAAGGAACUAUUGUUACUGACGGUCUAUUUAUUGUUAGCUGUGAAUCUGUUAACUGCAUAAUUUUUUUAUGGUGGAUAAGAAAGUCUUACCAUUUCCAUGUGAUGGCAUAUUAAUUUGCUGUGUUCUUAAAAAACAAACAUGAAUAAUCAUCUUCAAUUUUUUUUUAAGUGGAAUUCUGUCAUAUUGAAUAUUUAGUAUACAUUGUUAACGAUAGGGUAGGUGGAUUUGUGCUCUGGAAUAUUGUGGUUGAAAAAAAAUAAUAAUAAAAAUGGUAGUAAAAAAAAAGAGAGAGAGAGUCGACAAUGCCUUGUUCAUGGAGUGAUUGUAUUUCCUCACUGUUUGAUAAUUUUAAAGUUGUCUUUGUAUCAAGCAUGAAAGUGGUAUGGUAAGAUUCAGACAAAUAGUGGACAAUUCCCUUUUCUAUGUGAUAGCAUUUCCCUCUUUUUGGGCAUGUACUGGCGCAUAUUAUCAAAAAAUGUUAUUGAAAAAAUAUAGGUUUUUCUACUCAUGGAUUGUGAUUUGGCAUUUUGUUAGGGAUACAUUUUGCAUUUUUUCUCCAGUAUUGUCAGGUAUCCGAGAUCUAGCGGAGGUUGAAAUUCCUCCUCUGUUUCGUGUCAAAGUCUAGUGCCUAUGGGUUGUCGUUCAAGUGGAUUUUUAAUGGCAGUUAUACAAUGUUCUGCACCACGCGUUUGUAGAACCUGUUUGAUUAUAUAUAUAUAUAGUUAAUGGAAUACUUCCUGUAGUGGAAAAUCAGCAAGUAGUAGUUUGGGAAAGAAAAGCAGAAUUUUUCUCACAAAAACCUGUGAUAUGUCGUGUGUUUGUUCACGUUGUGGAUAAAGAAGUAUUUCAAAAUUUCUAAUUUUCCAUAGCACAAUUAAAAGAGGGAUGUUAAAUAUUUUAUUCUGCAUUAAAGCAUGUUAGAUUUUGCAGAAAGGAUGUUGCUCUAUAAUGGUGGAGCAUAAAAUUGGGAGAAUAUUUUUUUUAAUUAAAUGACACCGCUAACAGAGAACAAACCUUAGAUGCAUCCUUUUUGUAAAAUAAUUAAAUUUAUUAAAUCAAUCUAAUCAUUCACUUAUGGCAGGAGAUGUUUUCAUUUGAUAUUGAAUAGUACUUGUAUACCUGGUACAUGUGCUUCAAUCGUAAUUCUUCACAGAAAAAAAUUAAAAUAAAACAAAUAAGGCACAGGUGUUUAUACCUCUAUUAAUGUUCUGCUCUGAUAGGGCCAAUGCUGAUAUGCUGGUGUUUUGUCUAUAAGAUAUGAUAGUCACCUAUCUACCUCAUUUCAGCUUCUUUUGCAACUAUUGUGUAGCCUUAAUAUUGACAAUAGUAAUGAUGAUUGAUGAUGAUGAAUAUGAUGAUGAUAUUGAUCUGAUUAGGAUUGUUUCUGUUUCACAGCCUUGUUAAUGUUUUUGUUCAUUUUUUUUUGUCUGUCAAUGUGAGUGUGUGAUUGUCCCUAUAGGUGCUUAUGUGACGAACAAUUUAAAUUCGUUCCUUCUAAAGCAUCAAAAUUAUGAAUUUCGACUCAAUUUCCCUUCUAUUCCCCAUUUGAUUUGGUAUCAAUACCGUAUGUAGGCCUAUUGAUAUCUGUAUUUAUGUCAUGAAUUAACAAGUAGGAGAUGAUUGUGGGUUAUAUUAUAGUACAAACUGAAAAAAAGGAAAGAAUGGACCAAAUUUACCGAAGAUAAAAAGUAAUUGAAUUAAUCAAGAUCCAGUACUUGUGAAACAAUUUUCUUUAAAAAAAAAACAUGUUUACCAUGGAAAGUCAGAAGUUAUAUUGUGUUUUAAGUACGUUGGGAAACGAAAAUGAAUAUAUACCAUGUUUUGAUGUCCCGAACUGCUUUUGCUUAUAACACGAUUGAUAAGCUGUACUUAAGUUUUAUUGUUUGUUUCACACUGUGUAGAAGUGUGGUCAUUUAGAGUAUCAAAACUAUGUUGACAAAUAAUUUCACUUUUGAAUCAAUAGAGGCAUAUAAACCAAAUUAAAACAUUGUAGCGAGAUUCAUACAUAUCUUCAUUAUCCCAGAAUUUAUUAAACAUUUCUUGUUUAUAACAAAAGAUCAUUAUGAUGGAUAUUAAAGGCAAAUGCUGUUUGGAAUAUUAAGAAUUGUAUAUGGAACUUGUGUCUUCGAAUGUAUUGAUGUAAACUUUGUUUAGAAUAGAGAAUAUUCUUCAUCUGGAGUUUUAGAAAUGUUGGAGAUAGUAAGGCUGUUACAUUCAAAUCAUGAAUUUUGUGAAUUUAUAAUGUUUGAGAAAAUCAUUGAAUUGUAAUUGAUUUACUGUAUUUUUUGGUUUUAUAAAAACAAACUGUUGCAUUGUGAAUUGAGUAUUAAAUGGGGCAUGAAUAUCUCACUUUUAUUUCAACAUUAUACACCUAUAAAUUUUGAAACUAGCUUGUGGUGAAAACCCUUCUGUAAAUUAAGAAAAAAAUGCAAAAAAUAACAAAAACAAAAUGAAACAGAUCAUAUGAGUUUGAUACAAAUAUAUGAACUAUUUAGUAUUAACAGUGGUGUUAUCAAAAGAGUAUUUAAUGUUUGUUGCCUGUUUUUUUAUAUAUAUAUCUAUAUAUACAGAAUUACUCAACUAUUGGAUUUGAAUAGUGGUAUAGAAUGCUUUUGUAAAUUUGCGGGGAUUUUUGCGCGUAUGUAAUAUCCUGUUAUUUGGUACCAUUUUUUGGACUAUCUUUAAUAGUAGGCAAUUAUCAAUCAAUUAGCAUUAAUAUUCUUCACAUUGUAAUGUGAUGUUUUGUAAUAUUUGGAUGUGAGUGGAUUUGCUGGAUUUAGUGCUAGUAUUUGGCCGGGAGGGGCGAAGACGCGCCUCUCGACCGAACUAUUUUGGAAAGUUUCAAAGUUUGACUUCAAUAUGCAUGGCAUGAUGACUAGAUAACAAGUAUUACACAGUCGAUAGCUGAUUUUUUUCUCUCUUUUAAACCAUGUCAGUGUUAUAUGCAUUUUUAUCAGUGCUGGAUUUGUUGGGGCACUUGUUGGAGAGGAGAAAUCUAGAUGUUUUGGAUGUAUUUUGCCUUUUUUUAUCACAACGAUUACUUCUGGUACAUGAGUGAUGUCUCUAGUAGUUACGUGCCUCGGACAAUGUUGAAAUUAUAUCGAGAUUGUCUUCUUUUUUUGGUUCACCUUUUGAUGCAGAAAUGAGCAGCCAUGUUUGUUUCUAUACCGUAUAUUGUAUCGACAUAGUCAUUCUUAGGAUUAUUUUAUGGAUUUCCACCUCAUGAUGACAUUGCAGGAGGAGGUGGAUUUCAUAAGGAUUAGUAUUUGGCUGUUGAAUAUUAUACGCAUUGUACUGUACUUAAUAUUGUUACGUAUUUGCUCUUCCAUGCUCGUGAGAAAAACUUGUUGUUUUUUCACCUUUUGUUUAUCUUCAUGUGUGUGCCUAAGUUUUGGUAUACUGGGGGCAGUGGUAGUAGAAGACUUAACCCCGGCUCGUUGUUAUAUCGAUAAUCCUAAUGCUACAGCGCUGCUAUUACCAUUAAUAUAUAUAUUGACAUUUAUUUCCUACUAGGACUAAUUGAAUUUGCUGUAAAUUCCAACGUUAGUGGUAUUUGGGAGUUUGAUAUAUAUUUAUGCGCCUUUAUUUGCAAAUUAAGAUUGAAUAUAUUAUUUGAAUUUCAAUUGAAUGUCAACUUUUUUCAUUCCAAUACAUAGAGCAUUAGAUUUCCAUCAGAUAUAUUUGUGUGAUAAUUAAUAAUUAAUUUGAUUAUUUUAAUAUUUAGUAUGUCAUGCAGCCAAAUUAUGUAUAAUUCUUUCCCAAUUUACAUAAUAUAUGAUUCAGAAUAUUCAUUUUUCACUCGUACAAUGAAUUUUCAAUUUCCAAUGAUUAUAAGAAUUAAACAAGAUAUCUGCCUUUGAUCACGUUUUAUUAGCAAAAUCAGGAGGUACUAAAUUUUGUGCUAAAUUUCACAAAUCAGUGGUUUUCUCCUGCUUCCAAAGUCAAUUGACUUCAGUUCUAUUAUUAUCCCCACCGUAGAGGAAUCGUGUUAUUUUCUAUUUCCGCAAGAUUUAACAAUAUUUCCCUUACAAUGUUUGGCAUUUCAACAAAAAAAUUCUCUGAAGAAACUAUGUAGUCAUUUGCUAUUUAUCAUAUUAUAAAAAAUGAUAUAAUUACUCAAGUAGAGAAGAAUUAUGUAAUUUUAUAAAGAAUUCUCUAAAGGCUCAAAUUAUAAUGGACUGCCAUCAUCGUCAACUGGAAAUUGAUUGGUAUAUUUCACAGUAGUAUCACCGUGUCAGUUUGAUGACUCUCAUUGCAAAAUAAGUAAGGUAUAAUCUGAGAAAUUAAUUACUGAUUACUCAUUCUUGACAGAUUAUGAAUGUGAACAUAAAAUGUCUGCAAGUAAUUGAUCCUGAUGAGAACUGAAUCGGUUAAUGAUUAGUUUGUGAAAUAAGUUAAACAAGAAAAUAUGUCACAUUUUACAUACACUGGUAUAGAUGUACUUGUCAGUAUAGUUUUCAGGGUUGUCCUUUCACCAUGUCUUAAAUGAAACAAGCAUGAAAUUUGUCAGUAUUUGAAGUGAUUUUUCUAUUUUGAUUAUUUUCCUUUUAUUUUUUUAUAGUCAUCGUAAUGACUGGAUUAUUUUGAUUGUUUCAGUGAGUUUUAUUAUGUGAUAAAAGGUACUUGAGUCUUGGCUUCUUUGUGUGAAUUUUGACUGGCUUCUCUAUGUUUAAUAAUGGGAAAUUGUAGGAUUUUGGCAAUACACCAAAGCUGCAUUGGA